AUGAUAGCUCCGAAAUACAUUGAACAAAAUAUAAUCAACUCGGUUUGUUAAUUUGAAAGAUUCAAGUCUCAUAGGGAUAGAGUUUAGAUGAUUGCUAGUGACAGAAGUUCAUCCAAAAAGUAAUUUCAUAUGGAUUCAAAUAAACUACAGAAAAUUAAAACGAAUCAGUACAACAGUAAAGCAUCAAUUCAACAUAUGAGAGAUAAAAUGUUGUAUUAAGAAAAUAGCAAAAUACUGGAUAGAAUAAUUAAAAUUAAACCAUCUACAAGAUAACAUUCUGCUAGUUCAAUCAGAUCUUUGAAUUUACCAAAAAGGAAAAAGGAAGCUAUGAAAAUCGUUGAUGAAAACUAGAAGUUGAUGAAGAGAUUGCAAUCCACUCAAGGAACAUUCAAGAACAAAGAUACUUUAAUGCGUGAUUUUAGGAGGUACCCAAGAAAAUGA